GUGGGCUCGGGCCGGCGGCGGCGGGCCCCGCUCCCCGCCUGGCUUGUGCUGGCCCGGGCGCGCAGUGACGCUGGCGGUGCCAGGCCGUGGGCAGCGAGCCCGGGCUGCCCGCAGAGUGCAAGAGGAUCGGCCUCGGCCUCGCUCCAUCAGCCGCGGCGAUUUCCAUGAAACCGGCGUAUUUAUAUUUCUGACUGCACAGCUCCCUGCGCGGAGCGAGAGCUGCCGGGGCGUUGUGGCAGGCCGCACGCAGUCGGCUGAAGCUCCUUUGCGUUUAAACCAGAGUUUUAAUACUCCUAAGCUAAUAAAGUGUUUUAAUAUCUCAGAGGAUGAAGUGGACGUGCUCCUGCACGGCACUCCUGACCAGAAGCGGAAGCUGAUACGGGAGUGCCUGACUGGCGAGAGUGAGUCUUCCAGCGACGAUGAGUUCCAAAAGGAGAUGGAAGCAGAACUAAACACCACCAUGAAGACUAUGGAAGGCAAAUGGAAAUCACCUGAAAUGGGUACUUCCUCAAGUACUGGAUCUGCCAGCACUUCAAAAUACUAUGAUGACAUUUACUUUGAUUCUGAUUCAGAGGAUGAAGAUAAAAUAGAUACACAGGAUGUCCGGAAAAACAGAAAACAUCAGCAACGUCGGAUUCUCUCCAAUGAUGAGCUGCUGUAUGACCCAGAAGAAGACAGUAGAGACCAAGAGUGGGUAGACUCACAGAGGAGAGGGUACCGGAACCAGAGAAGAGCACCGCAGCAGAGGCAGGCAAAACCUGCAGCUGUUCCAAACAGUGAUGCUGUUCUGAACUGCCCUGCCUGCAUGACAACACUAUGCCUGGACUGCCAGAGACAUGAAUCUUACAAAACACAGUACAGAGCAAUGUUUGUGAUGAACUGUGUUGUUAACAAAGAGGAAAUACUGAAAUACAGAAAGAAGGUAAAGAGAAGUAAGAAAAGGAAGCACAGCAAAGAAAUUGACUCUAUACAAUCAAAUCAAGAAGAAGAGGAAAUAUAUCAUCCAGUAUUAUGUACUGAAUGCUCAACUGAAGUAGCAGUAAUGGAUAAAGAUGAAGUUUUUCACUUCUUCAAUGUUCUGGCCAGCCACUCCUAAUGUGGAAAUGCAGGGGGAAAAAUCCUGUGCUGUUGUUAAGAGCAUGGGAAGUGUUAGAAAUGCAGGCAUACUUGCCUUUUUGAAAAUGUGGUCUUAAAAAUGUGCAUUUUCAUCUGAGAACUUUAUAAUGGUUGGACUUUUUGCAACGUUUAUACAAGGCAUACAGUUAACUGUGUGUAUGUGAGACCAAUAUUCAUUCCCACCAUCGGGAGGUGGUAUCAUUGGGGAUUAAAUAUUUUGUAAAUACCAUGUAGAUCUGUAUAUUAUGAUCAUUCCCUGUAUAUAUACUACUAUCAUUCAUCAUCUGAGUGUGUAUUAGAAUGGCUUCUUGGAAUAAACACUUUAUAGUAACUGA